AUGUGCUGUAAUAACUCUACAUGGCUUGAUCGUUUUGUGGGGUCCCUGUCAGCACAAUUUGCCCUUAAAGAUCUUGGUACUUUACAUCAUUUCCUGGGUGUGGAGGUCAUUCCUACUGGUGGUGGAAUUUUUCUGUCUCAAAGUCAGUAUAUUACUGGCAUACUGACGCAGUUCAAGAUGGAUGGUGCAAAGGAUGUUUCAACACCGCUGGCUACUUCAGAGAAGUUGGUACCGCUGCGACCGUCCGAUGUUGCGACUGAUGCCACUCAGUUUCGUCGCUUGCUUGGUCUUAUGCAGUACUUGGUGAUUACACGUCCGGAUGUGGCGUUUGCUGUCAACAGGCUUUCGCAGUUCAUGCAUGCACCCUCGGAGUUACACUGGCAAGCCGCCAAACGCCUCCUGCGGUAUCUAAAAGGAACCGCAUGUCAUGGUUUGUUGCUACGUGCAGGUCAGCCCCUUUCGUUGCGGGUAUACACUGAUUCAGAUUGGGGUGGACCGUCCAUUGAGGGUCGUUCCACUACUGCAUAUCUGGUGUACCUAGGCGAUAAUCUAAUCUCUUGGAAGUCUACGCGUCAGAAGUCUGUCUCGCGAUCGUCCACGGAGGCGGAGUAUCGGGCCCUGUCGAAUGCAGCAGCUGAGGUCCUCUGGGUCAAAAAUCUGUUGCAAGAGUUGAAAUUGGGGCUGGUUGAGCCUCCGGUCCUGUUUUGUGACAACUUGAGCGCCACGUACGUUUGCAAGAAUCCCGUGUUUCAUUCCCGCAUGAAGCAUCUCACCUUGGAAUACUAUUUUGUCUGGGAUUUGGUUGCAAAUGGUACGCUAGUUGUGCGGCACGUUUCGUCUUCACCUUAA